GCGGCACGCACGUGUUCGCGCGCGCCGCCCCCAAUCGUCGUCAUCAUCAUCAUCAUCGCCGCCGCCGCCACUGUCAGAAAAUCGUGAGCGCCUUAGGCAGAAUGAGCCCUCGCUCCUGUCGACAGCCAUGGACGAACGCACGCUCGUAAUUCGCAUAAAGACGCCGGAUGGAAACGACGUCGAUUGGAGCGUCGACCCCAUUCCGCAGCUCUAUUUCAGAGACGUGCUGGAUGUCAUCAGUCAAGUCCUCCCUGAGGCCACGACCACAGCCUUUGAAUACGAGGAUGAGGAUGGCGAUAGAAUCACCGUUCGGAGCGACGACGAAAUGAAAGCCAUGCUGGCCUAUUACCUGGGCACGAUGCAUGACAUGCAGAUGUCCGGGGAAAUGGUGGAGCCUUUGAACAUCUACCCGAGGGCUUGCAAGCCACCAGGGAAGCGAAACAUACACGGCCUGAAGGUAAACACGCGCGCCGGGCCAGGGAGCGGGGCCACCGCCUCCACCGCCAGCACGAGCGACAGCGGCGGCAGUAGCGGCCUCCCCACCAACAGUUUAAAGAAGCCCUCGGCAGAGCUGAAUAAGAUCCUGGCGAACGAGCAGAUCAGUGAGCAGGACAUCGAAUACCAGGACAUGCUUGGCCAUGGAAACGGAGGAACCGUCUACAAAGCCAAUCACCUCCCGAGCGGGAAGAUCAUGGCAAUAAAGGUGAUUCCGUUGGACGUGACGCCAGAGGUCCAAAGGCAGAUCAUGUCAGAGCUGGACAUUCUUUACAAGUGCGAUUCUUCUUACAUCAUAGCCUUCUACGGUGCAUUUUUUGUUGAAAACAGAAUAUCCAUCGCGACGGAAUUCAUGGACGGGGGCUCCCUGGACAUGUACGGCACGGUCCCUGAGCACGUCCUUGGCCGCAUCGCGGUGGCGGUGGUGAAGGGGCUGACGUAUCUGUGGAGCUUGAAGAUUCUACACCGCGACGUCAAGCCCUCGAACAUUCUGGUGAACACUCGGGGGCAGGUGAAGCUCUGCGAUUUCGGCGUGAGCACCCAGUUGGUCAAUUCAAUCGCCAAGACGUACGUCGGAACCAAUGCUUACAUGGCGCCCGAGAGAAUUGCCGGGGAGCAGUACGGCAUCCACUCGGACGUGUGGAGCCUCGGGAUCUCAUUCAUGGAGCUGGCUCUUGGGAGAUUCCCGUACCCGCAGCCAACGGCUAACGCUCCAGUGGCAAGGGAAACCUUAACUGGUCCUGGGCACGCCCCCUCACGCCCUUCACCGACAAUCGCUGACCAUCCUGCUAAAGCACGGCCAGACAGCCAUCGCGACCAACCAGGGCAUGGUGUGAGGCCUUCAUCCAGCAGUGGAUCGACAAAGAUCCAGAAGAAUCAGGGUUCACUAAUGCCAUUGCAGCUGCUGCAAUGCAUCGUGGUUGAGAACCCUCCCACGCUACCGGCAGGACAGUUCUGUGCCCCCUUCGAGCACUUCAUCACGCAGUGCAUGAGGAAGUUGCCAACCGAGAGGCCGGCACCAGAGGAUCUCAUGUUCGCGAUGGAAGCAGUGCGUGCAUGCGCAACCCCGUUCCGCGAGGGCCUCGCUGCGCCGGGCCGGUUGUCGGGGCCUUUUCACCGUACUUCACCACGCCGGUUCACCAGUUCAUCAAGCAGUUCGACGAUGGCAACGCGGAGGUGGUGUCCAUGUGGGUGUGUCGCAGCCUGGAAGAGAGGAGGGCCAACGCCCCCGUCUGACCCCGUGACCUCUUCGCUUGCUCGCUGAGUGCGUGGACGGCAGUGCCUGAACGACGCGAGCAGGACAAGGAGGUUACGUCGUUUUCGGACUCUUUGAGUGAAGGACUCUGUUAUAAGCUCCCUCGCUCGCUCGCUCGCACGCACGCACGCACGCACGCACACACGCGGGUCUAUCGAUACGCACGCAAGAAAUAUACAGCAAAGGCCGCCGUUCGCCACUGAGGUGUUGGUGGCUGUCACCGCAACACUUGUGACAAGCUGGGUGACCCGGAGGCCCCGGGAGGCGUCGAAGGCUCGCUGGCAGGAGGGCACGCGACAGACCCAUUGCCUGUUGCGGUUAACCGACUGGGAUGAGAAUAUGUGCACGUACGUGAGCGCAUGCAGCAGACAUGCGCUCAUAUACAUGCGCACACACACUUGGAUGUCGCGCACACUGACACAUGCGCACAUAUAUAUAUACACAGACACACGAGGACGUUUUCUUACCUUUUUUUAUUGACACUCGUUGGCUUGAACAAAAAAAAGUGUCGCUGCCACGGUUCUGCCUAUGCACAAAGAAGUUUAGCGCAACAGAACCGUGACCCCGUGACCUAACAAAAACUGGAACUCUUUUUUUAUUUUACAAUGUAAGGCCCACUGAGCUAUUAUAGUUCUUUUUUUUCAUAAGUGACCUGGCCACAGUUCAUAGCUCAACGAAGUAUAGCUUAUCGCGUUCACAUUCAUAGCAGCCAAAUACUCUAUAAACUCACGUCGAUUCCAAAUGUGAAGGGAUAAAAACCGGAGAAAAGUCCACACGACCGCGGGGAGAACACGCCAACUUCAAAUAUAGAGCAGGCGUCAGGGUUCGGGAUCGAACCCGCGAACCUCCUGCAUACCAGGCGAGGGAGUUAACAUCUCCUAGCCACCGCCACGACCUCACGUGACCAGGAGCAUGCGGCUGGACUCGGUUGCACCA